UCCUGGUUUUGUCUCCGUCCUUCCAUGUGCAUGUAGUGUUGUCACACACUCGCCGCCACUGCGGCCAAAAAGCACACGGAGCGAUGCAGGAGGACAGCAGAGCCGCACAAGUGACGUCCUGCCCCGCAUCCAGCCUGCACGCAGGAGCCCCCACAGGAAUAUUCCCCACGUCGUCCUUGCGUGGACGGACGCCGCGCUGCCGCCUCGCCAAGGUGGAGAGAUGUGCAGGCACGGAGGACAAAGGCGGCCAAAUUGAACACAGCCCCGGAAAGAUGAGACAAUAAACGCAGAGUGUGCGCAGACGUCCUGCAGCAUCACCAUGACAAUGAAGGGCCUGACCAGCAGCCACGGUCACCACCACACCGUCACCUGUGAUCCAUCCUACGACUCCAUGACCCUGGGUCACUCAAGUCGUCAGCCCUACUUCCUGAACCCGGGCGAAGCUCACCCCGGUGAGCGCCCGUGCUACACCCAGCGCAGCUCCUUCCAGUCUGAAUGCAGUGCCUACCCAGACCUGGCCAGCUGCACCUUCCCUCGCAGACAUUACAGCUCCAACCAUGAGCUAAAGGAGCAGUGUGGGGCUUUAGUGCCUUACACGGGGCCCGCGGGCGGCAGCAAAGGCAAGAACAACAACAACCGGGUGUCCUCCAACCUGCUGGAACACUUUGAUCACCAAGCUCCUGUGCGGCGAGAAGGCUACCACACGCUGCAGUACAAGCGCACGGCGGUGGAACACCAGCGCAGUGACAGUCCGGGACGUAUCCGCCACCUUGUUCACUCUGUCCAGAAGCUCUUCACCAAGUCCCACUCCCUGGAGGGGCCUUCGGGGUCUGGCACGACUGGGAGGAUGAACGGUGGCAAAAACAGCCCGGAUGACCCGCCUUCCUCGUCGGGAACCCUCAAACACAACAAGCGUAGCAAGAGCAAAGACCGAGCCAAGUCGGAGCCCAAGAUGCAUAGCGCCAUCUCCGGCUACUGGAGCUCGGACGACACCCUGGACCGGGAGCUGUGCCUGUACCACCAUCACGGCACAGGGCAGCCGUCGGGGGUCAUGACCAUGGGACGACACCCGGACAAGUCGCAGUCGCAGUACUUCAUGGAGUCCUACAACACCAUCAGCUCGCACUCGCUGAAGACGUCGCGCAGCAACAACGACGUGAAAUGCUCGACCUGCUCGGGGGGCGACAGGGGCGGGCUCCCCCUGGUAGGCCCGCUGGACGGCCAAGUGCAACUCAAGAAGAGCUCGUGGUCUUCGACUCUGACGGUGAGCAGAGCAAGAGAGGUCUACCAGAAGGCCUCAGUCAAACUAGAUAAAGCUCUAGUGAAAGCCGAGCAGGGACGCACCUGCCACUUCCUGCAGGUGCCUCAGGAUGACUGGAGCGGAUUUUCCCCGCUGGCCAAAGAGGACGAGAUCCCCUGCCGCAGGAUGCGAAGCGGCAGUUACAUCAAGGCCAUGGCCGAGGACGACAGCGGCGACUCGGACGGCAGCCCCAAACCUUCGCCCAAAGUCCAGGCGCGGCGGGCCAGCUACCUGAAGGCCACGCAGCCCUCGCUCACCGAGAUGACCACUCUCAAGAUCUCCACAGAGCACUCUCCCAAGCUGCAGAUCAGAAGUCACAGCUAUCUGCGGGCUGUUAGCGAGGUUUCUAUCAAUAGGAGUCUGGACAGCUUGGACCCGGCGGGGCUGCUGGCCUCGCCUAAAUUCCGCUCCCGCAACGAGAGCUACAUGAGAGCCAUGAGCACCAUCAGCCAGGUGAGCGAGGUGGAGGUGAACGGGCAGAUCGAGGCCGUGUGCGAGUCGGUGUUCAGCGAGAUGGAGUCGCAGGCGGUGGACGCCCUGGAUUUGCCCAUGCCCGGAUGCUUCCGCAUGCGAAGCCACAGCUACGUGCGUGCCAUCGAGAAAGGAUGCUCACAGGAGGAAGAGGAGAAGGAGGCGGCGGCGGCGGUAGGGCGGGGAGGCGGCGCCGUGGCCAAGCGCAAGACCGGGUCGCCCCCGUGCACCACCACCACCACCACCACCACCGUCAGAACCAUCCAGAGCAGCACAGUGUCGUCAUGCAUCACCACCUACAAGAAGACCCCUCCCCCUAUCCCGCCGCGGACCACCCCGUCCAAGCCCUUCAUCUCCAUCACGGCCCAAAGCAGCACCGAGUCGGCCCAGGACGCCUACAUGGACGGCGGGACCGGCCCCCACAAGGGCCUGGGCUCCCAGCCGGGCCUGUCCAACUCCACCGAGAGCAUCGACAGCAUGAAGGCGCUCACGGCGGCCAUCGAGGCGGCCAACGCACAGGUGCACGGCCCCGCCAGCCAGCACGUCACCAACAGCACCGCCGCCGACAGCAAGGCGCAGAGGGAGGCGCUCCGCAAGUGCCUCUCCAUCGGGAUCCAGGUGGAGCCAGAGGAAGGCGAGCAAACCGAGGAGCAGUCCAAGUUCCACUCCAUCGGAAUUCAAGUGGAAGACGAACAAUGUCAGCGCCGUGUGACCCGCUCCAACAGCGUGACCGCCGCCGUCCAGGCCGACCUGGACGACCCCGCCGACGGCGCGCUGCCGCCGCCGCCCCGCCACUUCGCCACCAUGCCGCGCCAGCACUCCCGCGACUCCUCCGCCUCCACGGUGCGAAUCCAAGGCUCGGGGAACCACUAUCACGCCUGCGCCGGGGACGACUACGGCGAGGCGGGCUUCGACCCGUCCAUCCUCCCGCCUCCCGACCCUUGGAUGGACAGCGUGCCCGAGCCUGAGGGGGCGGGCGCGCCGGAGGCCGUCGGGCGCUCCGUGUGCCCGCGGGACGGACGCUGGUUCCUGAAGCUGCUGCAGGCCGAGACGGAGCGCAUGGAGGGAUGGUGUCGGCAGAUGGAGCGGGAACAGACGCACGGCCAGCUGACGGAGGACAUCCUGGGCAAGAUCCGCAGUGCAGUGGGGAGCGCGCAGCUUCUCAUGUCCCAGAAGUUCCAGCAGUUCCGAAAGCUGUGUGAGGAGAAUCUGGACCCCGAUGCGCAGCCCCGGCCCGUCUCCCAGGACCUGGCGGGCUUCUGGGACAUGCUGCAGCUGUCCAUCGAGAACAUCAGCCUGAAGUUCGACGAGCUGCACCAGCUCCGAGCCAACCACUGGAAGCCUCCGACCCCGCCGGACAUCCAGGAGAGACGGGCGCCCCCAUCUGUGCCAAAGAGGCCCCGGAAGGGCCACGCCCCCCUGGCCAGAGACCGCUCCCUGGAGAGCUCCGAGCGCCAGCGCCUGGAGGCCCGCAAGCGCCUGCUGGCCGCCAAGCGGGCCGCCUCCGUGCGGCAGAGCUCGGCCACGGAGAGCGCCGACAGCAUCGAGAUUUACAUCCCCGAGGCGCAGACGCGACUAUGAGGCGCACGCGCCUACACGUUGACGUGCCGGAUGGCGGCGGCGGCGGCAGCAGCGGCGGCCAUUAAGAUGUAUAUUAUUUAUUUAUUUAUUUACCUACAGCUAUGAUGUAGCACCCCGCCCCCUGGCCCCGCCCCCUUCUCCUUAAACACACCCAUAACGUACGUGUGUGUGUGAGAACGUGACAAGUGUGUGUGUGCUGGUUCGUCGUGGUCUUGAAAUGACUUGCGUUCAUUUUGAAGUACUUCCUGUCAAACGUUCAAUCCAACUCACCUGCUCGGGCCGGGACACACCAUUAGGUACACCCCCACGAGUUCCGCCUCCUUCUUGUGGCGCCGUCAGAUUUAAAAAAUGUUUUUUUUUUUAAUCCCUAGAGUGAGAAAAGUUUACAUCAUUAAAAAAAGAGUUGUAUAAUUUCCCAUGGUCUGUGAGGCCGUGAAUGCACACAGGCUUCAAGUAAAAGAGAACAAUAAAUAUACACGCCAAAGGAGAGAGGGUUUAAUUCAGCAUUUUAUCCUGUAAACAAUUGAUUUUUAGGUUUAUAAGCUGUCUUAGUUAGCACGCGGCUAAAAGGAGGUUGACAAAUCAAGUUGUUAGCUUAAAUGCUAGCAUAUAACGUUUACUUGGGAACAGCAUACAAAGCAGUAAAUUCUUAGGUUUAUAUGAACAAAAUUUGCUAAAAUGCUAGCAUAAAACUUCAGUAUGAUUACGUUAGCAUGCUAACAUGAGAAGAAUCGGCAAAUUAGCGUACCAAAAAUCCAUGAUUUGUAACUUCGUAUGUUCAAAAUCAGCUAAACUGCUCGCAUAAACAUGCUGACAUGAGAAGAAUCAGCAAACUAAUGUACCAAAAUCCAUGAUUUGUUGGUUCGUACUUUCAAAAUCAGCUAAAAUGCUCGCUUAAACAUGCUAACGUCAGAAUGGGAAGAGUUAGCACACAUACAUGGUGGCGCCAAGUAACAAAAUCCACCAUUUUAAGUUCACACUGAGUAAUUUACAAGUAGCUAACAUUAGCAUGCUAAUUUUACAAUGAUACUGAUAAAAAUGAUUUACUGAUUAAAAACUAUUGGUUCAACAAAGAGUUAGCACACAUACAAGAUGGCGCCAGGUAACAAAAUUCUCCAUUUUAGGUUCACACCGAGUAAUUUACAAGUAGCUAACAUUACAAUGCUAAUGUUACAAUGAUAAUGAUAAAGAUGAUUUACCGAUUAAAAAUGAUUGGUUCAAUGAAGAGUUAGCACACAUACAAGAUGGCGCCAAGUAACGAAAUCCACCAUUUUAAGUUCACACCGAGUAAUUUACAAGUAGCUAACAUUAGCAUGCUAAUGUUACAAUGAUACUGAUAAGAAUGAUUUGCCGAUUAAUAAUUAUUGGUUCAACGAAGAGUUAGCACACAUACAUGAUGGCGCCAAGUAACGAAAUCCACCAUUUUAGGUUCACACCGAGUAAUUUACAAGUAGCUAACAUUAGCAUGCUAAUGUUACAAUGAUACUGAUAAAAAUUAUUUGCCGAUUAAUACUUAUUGGUUCGACGAAGAGUUAGCACACAUACAACAUGGCGCCAAGUAACGAAAUUCACCAUUUUAGGUUCGCACCGAGUAAUUUACAAGUAGCUAACAUUAGCACGCUAAUGUUACAAUGAUACUGAUAAAAAUUAUUUACUGAUUAAAAAUUUUUGGUUUCAACGAAGAGUUAGCACACAUACAAGAUGGCGCCAAGUAACAAAAUCCACCAUUUUAAGUGCACACCGAGUAAUUUACAAGUAGCAAACAUUAGCAUGCUAAUGUUACAAUGAUAGAGCUAAAAAUGAUUUACCGAUUAAUAAUUAUUGGUUCAACGAAGAGUUAGCACACAUACAAGAUGGCGCCAAGUAACGAAAUCCACCAUUUUAAGUUCACACCGAGUAAUUUACAAGUAGCAAACAUUAGCAUGCUAAUGUUACAAUGAUAAAGCUAAAAAUUAUUUACCGAUUAAUAAUUAUUGGUUCAACGAAGAGUUAGCACACAUACAAGAUGGCGCCAAGUAACGAAAUCCACCAUUUUAAGUUCACACCGAGUAAUUUACAAGUAGCAAACAUUAGCAUGCUAAUGUUACAAUGAUAAAGCUAAAAAUUAUUUACCGAUUAAUAAUUAUUGGUUCAACGAAGAGUUAGCACACAUAUAACAUGGCGCCAAGUAACGAAAUUCACCAUUUUAACUUCACACCGAGUAAUUUACAAGUAGCUAACAUUAGCACGCUAAUGUUACAAUGAUACUGAUAAAAAUUAUUUACUGAUUAAAAAUUUUUGGUUCAACGAAGAGUUAGCACACAUACAAGAUGGCGCCAAGUAACAAAAUCCACCAUUUUAGGUUCGCACCGAGUAAUUUACAAGUAGCUACAUUAGCAUGCUAAUGUUAGCAAUGUGUUGGCUUUGGUCGAGUGUUCCUAAUGUUGUGUCCAGCGUACGAGUGAUUUAAACUUUUAAGGGGUUUAUUUUUAAACUUUUAAUGGUUUGAUUUCUUCGGAUUAGUUUUUCUCGACUGCGCUGUGGGACGAGAUGACGGGCCAGAGACUCCUCACUGUGCACUAACUCCGCUAAAGGUCUCACAAAAACACGUUUUGUUUUUUCUUAUUUCGUAUUUUUUUGUAUUUGUCUCCUCACCGAGCGCACAGUGACUUUUUAACUUUUGUAUUUAUUGUUUAUUUAUGAAGUGUUUACAGACAGAUACUGAGGCCCGUUGACUGUGUUGUACUUUUGUUUUGUUCCAGCCUUAACUCCCAACUGUCGAGCACAACAGCGCUCUCAGGGGACGAGUGUGUGUGUGUGUAUGUGUGUGUGUGUGUGUGUGUGUGUGUGUGUGUGUGUGUGUGCGUGUGCGUCAAAAUGACGAGAAAUAGCCAAAAAAUGCGGCCAUUUUUGCUGUGGAACUACAAGGUGUGCUAGAUCCAGGCUACCCAAGAUUUAUGGUGCAACAAAAAAAAUAAACUAGCAGCUCAGUCGGCAGAGUUCUACAGUAAAAAUAACAAUAGUGUCUGUUUUUUUUUUUAGUUCCAGUAACACACUGUAAAAACAAAAUUUAAAGGUAAACAAAAAUUGACGGAUGGGUCGCCGGAUUCUUGCCGUGAAAACAAGAAUGGCGCUGUUGUUCAAUUGCCAGUAAUCGGGUGUGAAACAAAAACAUAUAUCGUUAGUGAAAUUCUGCCGACUGAUCUGUUUUGUAGGUGUAGGUUGUGCUAGGAUCCCGGCUGAAAUGUUCAAAAUGUGUGCUAGGAUGGAGGCUCGGGGUUGUGCGGGGAUCGAGGAGGUUUGCUACGAUCUAGGCUAGAAAGAUGGGAGGUAUACUGUAGGAUCUAAGCUAGAAAGCUCGGAGUUGUGAUAGGAACUGUGUGCUAGGAGGUGUGCUAGGAUCUAAGCUAGAAAGCAAGGAGGUUUUCUAGGAUCCAAGCUAGAAAGCUAGCAGGUAUGCCAUAGGAUCUAAGCUAGAAGGCAAGGAGGUUUGCUAGGAUCUAAGCUCGAAAGCUAGGUGGUGUGCUAAGAUCUAAGCUAGCACGCUAAGAGGUGUGCUAAGAUCUAAGCUAGAAAGCAAGGAGGUUUGCCAUAAGAUCUAAGCUAGAAAGCAAGGAGGUAUGCCAUAGGAUCUAAGCUAGAAAGAUCGGAAUUGUGCUAGGAGCUACGCUAAAAAGCUUGGAGGUGUGCUAGGAUCUACGCUAGAAAGCAAAGUCUGUUGCUAGGAUCUAAGCUACAAAGCUAGCAGGUAUGCCAUAGGAUCUAAACUAGAAUGCAAGGAGAUUUUCUGGGAUCUAAGCUAGAAAAGUAAGAGGUAUGCUAUAGGACCUGCGCUAGGAAGCUAAGAGUUGUGAUAGGAUCUGUGCUAGAAAGCUAGGAGGUGUGCUAGGAUCUAAGCAAGAAAGCAAGGAGGUUUGCUGGGAUCUAAGCUAGAAAGCAUGCCAUAGGAUCUAAGCUAAAAGGCAAGGAGAUUUGCUAGGUACUACGCUAGAAAGCUAGAAGGUGUGCUAGGGUCUAAGCUAGAAAGGUAGGAGGUAUGCUAUAUUAUCUAAGUUAGAAAGCUAGGAGGUUUGCUGGGUUCUAAGCUAGAAAGGUAGGAGGUAUGCUAUAUUAUCUGAGCUAAGAGCUAGGAGGUGUGCUAGGAUCUAAGCUAAAAAGCAAGAAGGUUUGCUAGGAUCUAAGCUACAAGCAAGGAGGUUUGCUAGGAUCUAAGCUAGAAAGCUAGGAGGUGUGCUAGGAUCUAAGCUAGAAAAGCAAGGAGGUUUCCUAGGAUCUAAGCUAGAAAGCUAGCAGGUAUGCCAUAGGAUCUAAGCUAGAAAGGUAGGAGGUAUGCUAUGGGAGCUAAGCUAGAAAGCUCGGAGUUGUGAUAGGAUCUGCGCUAGAAAGCUGGGAUGUGUGCUAGGAUCUAAGCUAGAAAUCAAGGAGGUUUUCUAGGAUCUAAGCUAGAAAGCUAGUAGGUAUGCCAUAGGAUCUAAGCUAGAAAGGUAGGAGAUAUGCUAUGGGAUCUAAGCUAGAAAGCUCGGCGUUGUGAUAGGAUCUGCGCUAGAAAGCUGGGAGGUAUACAAUAGGACCUAAGCUAGAAAGCUCAGAGUUGUGAUAGGAACUGUGUGCUAGGAGGUGUGCUAGGAUCUAAGCUAGAAAGCAAGGAGGUUUUCUAGGAUCUAAGCUAGAAAGCUAGCAGGUAUGCCAUAGGAUCCAAGCUAGAAAGGUAGGAGGUAUGCUGGGGGAUCUAAGCUAGAAAGCUCGGAGUUGUGAUAGGAUCUGCGCUAGAAAGCUGGGAGGUGUGCUAGGAUCCAAGCUAGAAAGCAAGGAGGUUUGCUAGGAUCCAAGCUAUAAAGCUAGCAGGUAUGCCAUAGGAUCUAAGGUAAAAGGAAGGGAGAUUUGCUAGGAUUAAAGCUGGAAAGCUCAGGGUUGUGCUAGGAUCUACGAGCUAGAAGGUGUGCUCGGGUCUAAGCUAGAAAGCAAGAAGGUUUGCUGGGUCCUAAGCUAGAAAGGUAGGAGGUAUGCUAUAUUUACGCUAGAAAGCUCGGAGUUGUGAUAAGAUCUGCGUUAGAAAGCUGGGAGGUGUGCUAGGAUCCAAGCUAAAAAGCAAGGAGGUGUGCUAGGAUCUAGGCUAGAAAGCUGGGAGGUAUGCAAUAGGAUCUAGGCUAGAAAGCUAGGAGUUGUGCGAGGGUCUACGCUAGAAAACGAGAAUGUUUGCUAGGACCUAAGCUAGUUGGCUAGGAGGUGAGCUAGGAUCCAGGCUAGAAAGCUAGUAGGUAUGCGAAGAUCUACGCUAGCAAACAAGGAUGUUUGCUAAGAGCUAAGCUAGAAAGCUAGGAGUUGUGCGAGGAUCUACGCAAGAAAACGAGAAUGUUUGCUAGGAUCUAAGCUAGAAAGCUAGGAGGUGUGCUAGGAUCUAAGCUAGAAAGCUAGCAGGUAUGCCGUAGGAUCUAAGCUAGAAGGCUAGGAGGAGUGCUAGGCUCUACCCUAGAAAGGUAGGAGGUUUGCUACGAUCUAAGCUAGAAAGCAAAGAGGUUUGCCAGGAUCUAAACUAGAAAUAUAUGAGGUAUGCUAGAGGAUUUAAGUUAGAAAGCUAGGAGGUGUGAUAGGAUCCAGGCUAAACUGUCAAAAUGUGUGCUAAAAUCGAGGCUAGUGGGUGUGCGAGGAUCUACACUAGAAAGCAAGGGAAAGCAAGGAGGCGUGCUAGGAUCUAAGAUAGGAAAUUGGAGUUGUGCGAGGAUCUAAGCUAGGAGUUGUGCGAGGAUCUAAGCUAGAAACGAGAAUGUUUGUUAGGAUCUAAGCUUGAUAGCUAGGAGGUGUGCUAUGAUCUAAGCUAGAAAGCUGGGAGGUAUGCUAUAGGAUCUAAGCUAGAAAGCUAGGAGUUGUGUGUGGAUCUAAGCUAGGAGUUGUGCGAGUAUCUAAGCUAGAAACGAGAAUGUUUGUUAGGAUCUAAGCUCGAUAGCUAGGAGGUGUGCUAGGAUCUAAGUUAGAAAGCUGGGAGGUAUGCUAUAGGAUCUAGGCUAGAAAGCUAGGAGGUAUGCGAAGAUCUACGCUAUCAAACAAGGAUGUUUGCUUGGAGCUAAGCUAGUAGGCUAGGAGGUGUGCUUGGAUCCAAGCCAGAAAGCUGGGAGUUAAGCUAUAGAAUCUAGGCUAGACAUCUAGGAGGUAUGCGAAGAUCUACGCUAGAAAACAAGGAUGUUUGCUAGGAUCCAAUCAAAAACGCUAGGAGGUGUGCUAGGAUCCAGGUUUAACCGGUACAAUGUGUGCUAGGAUGGAGGCUAGGGGGUGUGCGAGGAUCUACGCCAGAAAACGAGGAUGUUUGCUAGGAUCUAAUCAAGAACGCUAGUAUGUUUGCUAGGAUCCAGGUUUAACCGGUACAAUGUGUGCUAGGAUGGAGGCCAGGGGGUGUGCAAGGAUCUACGCUAGAAAGCUAGGAGUUGUGCGACGAUCUAAGCUAGGAGUUGUGCGAGGAGCUAAGCUAGAAACGAGAAUGUUUGUUAGGAUCUAAGCUAGAUAACUAGGAGGUGUGCUAGGACCAUAGUUAGAAAGUUUGGAGGUAUGCUAUAGGACCUAGGCUAGAAAGUUAGGAGGUAUGCAAAGAUCUACGCUACAAAACGAGAAUGUUUGCUGGGAUCUAAGCUAGAUAGCUAGGAGGGGUGCUAGGAUCUAAGCUAGAAAGCUGGGAGGUAUGCGAAGAUCUACGUUUUCUAGGAUCCAAGCUAAACUGCCAAAAUGUGUGCUAAAAUCGAGGCUCGUGGGUGUGCGAGGAUCUACACUAGAAAGCAAGGAGGUGUGCUAGGAUCUAAACAAGAAAGCUGGGAGGUAUGCUAUAGGAUCUAAACUAGAAAGCUAGGAGUUGUGCGAGGAUCUAAGCUAGGAGUUGUGCGAGGAUCUAAGAUAGAAACGAGAAUGUUUGUUAGGAUCUAAGCUCGAUAGCUAGGAGGUGUGCUAUGAUCUAAGUUAGAAAGCUGGGAGGUAUGCUAUAGGACCUAAGCUAGAAAGCUAGGAGUUGUGCGAGGAUCUAAACUAGGAGUUGUGCGAGGAUCUAAGCUAGGAGUUGUGCGAGGAUCUAAGGUAGAAACGAGAAUGUUUGUUAGGAUCUAAGCUCGAUAGCUAGGAGGUGUGCUAGGAUCUAAGUUAGAAAGCUGGGCGGUAUGCUAUAGGAUCUAGACUAGAAAGCUAGGAGGUAUGCAAAGAUCUACGCUAGCAUGUUUGAAGGAGCUAAGCUAGUAGGCUAGGAGGUGUGCUAGGAUCUAAGCCAGAAAGCUGGGAGUUAAGCUAUAGAAUCUAGGCUAGACAUGUAGGAGGUAUGCGAAGAUCUACACUAGAAAACGAGGAUGUUUGCUAGGAUCCAAUCAAGGACGCUAGGAGGUGUGCUAGGAUCCAGGCUUAACCGGUACAAUGUGUGCUAGGAUGGAGGCUAGGGGGUGUGCAAGGAUCUACGGUAGAAAGCUAGGAGUUGUGCGAGGAUCUAAACUAGGAGUUGUGCGAGGAUCUAAGCUAGAAAUGAGAAUGUUUGUUAGGAUCUAAGCUAGAUAACUAGGAGGUGUGCUAGGAUCUAAGUUAGAAAGCUGGGAGGUAUGCUAUAGAAUCUAAGCUAGAAAGCUAGGAGUUGUGCGAGUCUCUAAGCUAGAAACGAGAAUGUUUGUUAGGAUCCAAGCUGGAUAGCUAGGAGGUGUGCUAGGGUCUAAGUUAGUGAGCUGGGAGGUAUGCUAUAGGAUCUAGGCUAGAAAGCUAGGAGGUAUGCAAAGAUCUACGCUAGCAUGUUUGAAGGAGCUAAGCUAGUAGGCUAGGAGGUGUGCUAGGAUCUAAGCCAGAAAGCUGGGAGUUAAGCUAUAGAAUCUAGGCUAGACAUGUAGGAGGUAUGCGAAGAUCUACGCUAGAAAACGAGGAUGUUUGCUAGGAUCUAAUCAAGAACGCUAGGAGGUGUGCUAGGAUCCAGGCUUAACCGGUACAAUGUGUGCUAGGAUGGAGGCUAGGGGGUGUGCGAGGAUCUAAACUAGAAACGAGAAUGUUUGUUAGGAUCUAAGCUAGAUAACUAGGAGGUGUGCUAGGAUCUAAGUCAGAAAGCUGGGAGGUAUGCUAUAGGAUCUAGGCUAGCAAGCUUGGAGGUAUGCAAAGAUCUACGCUAGCAAACAAGGAUGUUUGCUAGGAGCUAAGCUAGUAGGCUUGGAGGUGUGCUAGGAUCCAAGCCAGAAAGCUGGGAGUUAAGCUAUAGAAUCUAGGCUAGACAUGUAGGAGGUAUGCGAAGAUCUACAUUAGAAAACGAGGAUGUUUGCUAGGAUCCAAUCAAGAACGCUAGGAGGUGUGCUAGGAUCCAGGUUUAACCGGUACAAUGUGUGCUAGGAUGGAGGCUAGGGGGUGUGCGAGGAUCUAAGCUAGAAACGAGAAUGUUUGUUAGGAUCUAAGCUAGAUAACUAGGAGGUGUGCUAGGAUCUAAGUCAGAAAGCUGGGAGGUAUGCUAUAGGAUCUAGGCUAGCAAGCUUGGAGGUAUGCAAAGAUCUACGCUAGCAAACAAGGAUGUUUGCUAGGAGCUAAGCUAGUAGGCUUGGAGGUGUGCUAGGAUCCAAGCCAGAAAGCUGGGAGUUAAGCUAUAGAAUCUAGGCUAGACAUGUAGGAGGUAUGCGAAGAUCUACGGUAGAAAACGAGGAUGUUUGCUAGGAUCCAAUCAAGAACGCUGGGAGGUGUGCUAGGAUCCAGGUUUAACCGGUACAAUGUGUGCUAGGAUGGAGGCUAGGGGGUGUGCGAGGAUCUAAGCUAGAAACGAGAAUGUUUGUUAGGAUCUAAGCUAGAUAUCUAGGAGGUGUGCUAGGAUCUAAGUCAGAAAGCUGGGAGGUAUGCUAUAGGAUCUAGGCUAGAAAGCUAGGAGGUAUGCGAAGAUCUACGCUAGAAAACGAGGAUGUUUGCUAGGAUCCAAUCAAAAACGCUAGGAGGUGUGCUAGGAUUCAGGUUUAACCGGUACAAUGUGUGCUAGGAUGAAGGCUAGGGGGUGUGCGAGGAUCUACGCCAGAAACCCGGGAGGUGUGCUCGAACGGAGGCUGGAGUCGACCAGAGGGUGUGUCAUUGUGCCAUUGAACGUUUGUCUACCAAUCAGUGACUACCUGAUGAAGUGAUGACGUAAUCGUGCCGUUUGUUUAUGUUUUGGUACGCCGUUUCGGGGCUUGGCUCCCAUCGCUGGUUUUUAUUGAUUUUAUCCAAAACAAUUGGGAUGGAGUCGUGCGUGAGACGAGGACUUCCUCCUAAAUGAGAACAUAUCAAGCCCCGGUGUAGCAGGGAGCUGUGUACAUACAUGAAUGUUUCCCAGUGUAAAUGAACACAUUACUUUUUGUAAGUCAUAUUUAAUGGAUUAAAUGGCAUUAAAACCAA